AUGAGGCAGGCGGGACGCGCAGCGCUGCUGGCCGCGCUGCUGUUCCUGGUACAGCUGUGCCCUGGGAGCAGCCAGAGGAGCCCCGAGGCGGCUGGGGUCCAGGACCCGAGUCUGCGCUGGAGCCCCGGGGCACGGAACCAGGGUGGCGGGGCCCGCACACUCCUCUUGCUGCUGGCGGAGCGCUUCCCGCGCCGCGCGGGGCCCGGCCGAUUGGGACUCGGGACGGCAGGCGAGCGGCCGCGGCGGGACAACCCUUCUCUGUCCAUUGACCUCACCUUUCACCUACUGCGGACCCUGCUGGAGCUGGCGCGGACGCAGAGCCAACGGGAGCGCGCCGAGCAGAACCGCAUCAUAUUCGACUCGGUGGGCAAGUGAUGGCCCGGUUUGGAGCUGCGAAAACGUUGACCCCUUUCCCCCACCCCAGGGCUGGGAUGCGGGGCAGAGCCACCAGGGCACUGUCUGCGUGACUAUUUUUUAAUAAAAGUACUGAAGACCC